UCGAUAAAGUUGUUGUUCUGCUAACAUGGCGGCGCCCGUGGUGACUGGCCGUGCCGUGUUCGCCUAAGGUGGGAACCGAGGCGUAAGGAGGCGCAGGCCAGAGCCUGUGAGCAGGGCCUUCCCUGCUUUUGAAGAAUGGCUCCUUCCUGGCAGAGGCUGGGUUUAUAUGCCUCUCUUCUGAAAAGGCAGCUAAAUGAUGGUCCAGAUGUCAUCAAAUGGGGAAGGAGAGUGAUUCCAGGAUGUUCCAGAGGUAUUUACAGUGCUACGGGAAAGUGGACCAAAGAGUAUACGCUGCAGACAAGAAAGGAUGUGGAGAAAUGGUGGCAUCAACGAAUAAAAGAACAGGCCUCCAAAAUGUCAGAAGCUGAUAAAUCAAAGCCCAAGUUUUACGUGCUUUCCAUGUUCCCUUAUCCUUCCGGCAAGCUGCACAUGGGCCACGUGCGUGUGUACACCAUCAGCGACACCAUUGCACGCUUCCAGAAGAUGAGAGGGAUGCAGGUUAUCAAUCCCAUGGGAUGGGAUGCAUUUGGAUUACCUGCCGAAAAUGCUGCGAUCGAGAGGAAUCUACAUCCAGAAAGUUGGACACAGAGUAAUAUUAGACACAUGAGGAAACAACUUGAUCGACUGGGCCUGUGUUUCAGCUGGGAUAGGGAAAUAACCACAUGUUUACCAGAUUACUACAAAUGGACUCAGUGUCUCUUUAUUAAACUCUAUGAAGCUGGACUGGCCUAUCAAAAAGAGGCCUUGGUUAACUGGGACCCAGUGGAUCAAACAGUGCUUGCCAAUGAGCAGGUGGAUGAACAUGGCUGUUCGUGGCGUUCUGGAGCAAAGGUGGAACAGAAGUACCUCAGACAGUGGUUUAUUAAGACAACUGCUUAUGCAAAGCCCAUGCAGGACGCGUUGGCAGACCUUCCAGAAUGGUACGGAAUAAAAGUCAUGCAGGCCCACUGGAUCGGGGACUGUGUGGGCUGCCAUUUGGACUUCACGUUAAAGGUUGAUGGGCAAGUCACAGGAGAAAAGCUGAGCGCCUACACGGUCACCCCCGAGGCCGUUUACGGCACUUCCCACGUGGCCAUCUCUCCCAGCCACAGACUCUUACAUGGGCACAGCUCUCUGAAGGAAGCCUUUCGGAAGGCUCUCAUCCCUGGCAAAGAUUGCCUCACGCCCGUGACGGCUGUGAGCAUGCUCACCCAGCAGGAAGUCCCUGUUGUCAUCUUGGCCAAAGCUGACUCUGAGGGCUCUCUGGAUGCAAAAAUAGGAAUUCCCAGCACCAGCUUAGAGGACACUCUCUUAGCCCAAACCCUGGGCCUGUCGUACUCUGAAGUCAUUGAAACGAUGCCAGAUGGCACGGAGAGACUGAGCAGCUCUGCGGAGUUCACAGGUAUGAACCGGCCGGAUGCAUUUCUAGCCGUGACUCAGAAAGCCCGGAGGAAGAGAGUGGGCGGAGAGGUGACAAGUGAUAAACUGAAGGACUGGCUGAUCUCUAGGCAGCGGUACUGGGGCACGCCCAUCCCCAUGGUCCACUGCCCGGCCUGCGGUCCUGUGCCCGUGCCUCUGGAGGACUUGCCUGUGACCUUGCCCAGCAUCACCUCUUUCACUGGCAAGGGAGGCUCCCCACUGGCCUCGGCUUCGGAGUGGGUGAACUGCUCCUGCCCUAGGUGCAAGGGAGCAGCCACGAGAGAGACAGACACGAUGGAUACCUUUGUUGAUUCUGCUUGGUACUACUUCAGAUAUACCGACCCUCAGAAUACUCAGAGCCCUUUCAGCACAGCGUUGGCAGAUUACUGGAUGCCUGUGGAUGUGUACAUUGGAGGGAAAGAACAUGCUGUCAUGCACUUGUUCUAUGCAAGAUUCUUUAGUCAUUUUUGCCAUGAUCAAAAAAUGGUCAAACACAGAGAACCUUUUCAUAAACUGCUGGCCCAAGGCCUUGUCAAGGGGCAGACAUUCCGCCUACCAUCUGGACAGUAUCUACAGCGAGAGGAAGUAGAUCUCACAGGUUCUGUUCCUGUUCAUGCAAACACGAGGGAGAAGUUAGAGGUGACUUGGGAGAAGAUGAGCAAAUCCAAGCACAAUGGCGUGGACCCCGAAGACGUCGUGGAGCAGUACGGCAUUGACACCAUCCGGCUGUACAUCCUUUUCGCCGCCCCUCCUGAGAAGGAUAUCUUGUGGGACGUAAAGACCGACGCUCUCCCUGGGGUGCUGAGAUGGCAGCAGCGUCUCUGGUCCUUGGCAACUCGAUUUAUCGAGGCCAGGGUUUCUGGGAAGGUUCCCAGGCCUCAGCUGUUGAGUAACGAGGAGAAAGCCGAGGCCAGGAAGCUGUGGGAGUACAAGAACUCCAUCAUCUCUCAGGUGACUGCCCAUUUCACAGAGGACUUCUCACUGAAUUCUGCGAUUUCUCAACUGAUGGGACUCAGCAAUGCCCUCUUGCAAGCUUCUCAGAGAGUUGUUCUCCACAGCCCUGAGUUUGAGGAUGCUCUGUGUGCCCUGAUGGUGAUGGCUGCUCCCAUGGCCCCUCACAUAACCUCGGAGCUCUGGGCAGGCCUGGCGCUGGUGCCGAGGAAGCUGUGUACCCACUACGCCUGGGACACCAGUGUGCUGCUUCAAGCCUGGCCAGCUGUGGACCCGCAGUUCCUCCAGCAGCCCGAUGUCGUACAGAUGGCGGUUCUGAUCAACAACAAAGCCUGCGGCAAAAUCCCUGUGCCCCAGCAAGUUGCCCAAGACCAGGACAAAGUCCACGAACUGGUUCUCCAAAGUGAACUGGGUGUCAGGCUCUUACAGGGGCGAAGCAUCAAGAAGGCCUUCCUCUCCCCCCGAACCGCCCUCAUCAACUUCCUGGUGCAGGAGUGACUGCAGGGACGCUGCGGCUACCACGAGGGCUUGAGGCACCUCCUCCAGGUCUGGGAUGAAGGAAGGAGUCUGGGGCCCAGGGGCAGGGAAAAGCCAAAUGCCUUUUUUUAUAUAUAUACAUAAAUUUUAUUUAUUUAUUCAUUUA